UACUCGCCCGGCGCGGGUUAAAGUCCUUCCUUGUCCCUCCCCCAUCGCUCCCUCAUAUCCCCGCCUUGGUCGAUCGCAAGACUCAAGGCAUCGUUUCGACACCCAGCGCCCCCGCUGUCCAGACGUUCUUUUCCCUCAAGAUGAUGCUAGAAGAGAAGUACAUCGGUCUGGCAUUGGCCAUGACCUCAAGUUUAGCCAUAGGCACGAGCUUCGUGAUUACGAAAAAGGGCUUGAUGCAUGCUGAAGAACGGCAUGGCUUUGAAGGAGACGGCUUCACAUAUUUCAAGAGUCCCCUCUGGUGGGUAGGAAUAGCGAUAUUGGUCCUCGGAGAAAUCUGCAACUUUGCAGCGUACGCUUUCGCACCAGCCAUUCUAGUAACACCACUGGGAGCCCUGGCUGUCCUGAUAGGCGCAGUUCUGGGCUCAUAUUUCCUCAAGGAAGAGCUUGGAACACUGGGCAAACUUGGGAGUGCCAUCUGCUUGAUAGGCGCCGUCAUCAUCGUCCUCCACGCCCCGCCCGACGAGGAGAUCGAGACCAUUGACCAGAUCCUCCACUAUGCGAUCAAGCCGGGAUUCCUCCUCUAUGCUGGCACUGUCUGCAUAUUUGCAGCCGUCAUGAUAUAUAAAGUCGCUCCCGUCUACGGAAAGACGAAUCCGCUCGUCUACCUUGGAAUCUGCUCGCUUGUGGGCUCCGUGUCGGUCAUGGCCAUCAAGGCAUUCGGCAUUGCCGUGAAACUCACCAUCGGUGGGCACAACCAGUUCACACACCCGUCGACCUACGUCUUCAUGAUCGUUACCACGGUCUGCAUCCUGGUGCAGAUGAACUACUUCAACAAGGCGCUGAGCCAGUUCCCCACCAACAUUGUCAACCCGCUGUACUACGUAACUUUUACGACAGCAACCCUCUGCGCAUCCUUCAUCCUCUUUAGCGGCUUUAACACGACCGACCCCAUUAACACCCUCUCCCUCCUCUGCGGUUUCCUUGUGACCUUCACUGGCGUCUACCUGCUCAACCUCAGCCGCAACGACCCGAACGGCAUUAAGAUGAUGGCACGCCGGGGCGACGCCACAGGAACCGACAUGGUCUCCAGCAUCCAGACGAGGAUGAGCAUGGAGGCACGGAGAUCCGUGGGCCACCAGCGCCGUCUAAGCGUGGGGAGCAGCCGUGGCGACAGGGAAGGGUUGAUCCGUGCCUAUGACGAAGAGGAGGCUGCCGGAUUCGGGCUGACCGACCUCACCGAGGAGAGCGACGAGGAAAUCGACCCGAGAAGCCCGAUGAUGGGGAGCCAUCAACAAGGCCGCGCCAAUGGCACAGCAAACGGAAAUCCUCACGGCGCGAAGGGGCUCCAAGAACAUAUAGAGCUUCAGCCGAGGAAGUCUGAUGAACGGUAACCCGAACCAACACAUCUCGUUAUCAACCCCUGGCGUCCCUUGAUAGUAAUUCCCUCUGUCUUCACACGACAUCCGAAACCUUUGUACAUUUCCAUUCACCACAUCGCAUACGGGGGUCAA